UGAUGGUCUCCAUGCCGUGGGAGACCCUUUAUUUAUGGCUUCUGGACGCUUGAAGUAACUAGCAGGCACAAAAUAAGCUGGCUGCAAGCAUACAACGCUGGCUAAAAGAAAACAUGGAGGGUUAUGACUUGAGUGUGAGAAAAGGAGCUUGGACUAGAGAGGAAGAUGAUCUUCUGAGGCAGUGCAUUGAGAAUCAAGGUGAAGGAAAGUGGCACCAGGUUCCUUACAAAGCAGGGUUGAACAGGUGCAGGAAGAGCUGUAGACUAAGGUGGGUGAACUAUUUGAAGCCAAAUAUCAAGAAAGGAGAGUUUGCAGAGGAUGAAGUAGAUCUAAUAAUUAGGCUUCACAAGCUUCUAGGAAACAGGUGGUCAUUGAUUGCUCGAAGACUUCCAGGCAGGACUGCGAAUAAUGUGAAAAAUUACUGGAACACCCGAUCGCGGACGGAUUAUUGCAUGAAAAAGAUAAAAGACAAAUCCCAAGAAACAAUAAAGACCAUAAUAAGGCCACAACCAAGAAGAUUCACCAAAAGUUCAAAUUGUUUGAGUUUUAAAGAACCAAUUUUGGACCAUACUCAACGUGAUUGGUGGGAGACCUUUUUAGAUGACAAGGAUGCUACUGAAAGAGCUACAGGUUCUGGUCUUGGGUUAGAUGAAGAACUGCUCGCAAGUUUUUGGGUUGAUGAUGAUAUGCCACAAUCGACAAGAAAAUGCAUCAAUUUUUCUGAAGGACUAAUUAGAGGUGAUUUCUCUUUUAGCGUGGACCCUUGGAAUCAUUCAAAUGAAGAAUAUAGAAAGUAAGUCUUAAGUCUUAGUAGUAUUGUAUUUUUUAUAGUGUUUGUCCCACAUUUAAAAGUUAAGAAACUUAGUCUGGGUUUAUAAGAAGUCGGGUUACUACCUCCAUUGCAAAUUGAGUUUGGGGUGGAACCUCAACUUCCUUCAUGGUAUCAAAGCAAGAGUUUACGUGUUGAGCCCAACUGCCACAUGUGCUCCAACGUCACCUAUUGUUCUUCCAAGUAUUUUCCUUCAAUUCAUAUCAUAUUGUUGUGCCAAA